AUGGGAGAAGAUGAUUGGGAUAAAAGUGGGGUGGUAAAAAGUUGUAAUAUUAAUAGACCUAAUAAUGAUGUAGCUCCUAACUUAGGCAUGGAGACUUCUCCAAAUGAUGUUUCGAAUUAUUUUGACAUACGUUUAGCUUCUGAAAUGACUAAUUUUAAUGGCUUAUCUACAGUUUUCUCUAUAGAUUUUCCAAUUGCUCAUCAGGAAAAACCAAAUGAUCAAGUCAAAAUCAUGAACCAAAAUGGUAACCAAGAGUUGUACUUACAUCCCAUUCAGCCAGCUCAAUUUAUCCAACAAAGCUCUUUUCUUCCAUCACCAACAACAAUAGUGUGUAUGCCACCAAUAACUACAACACCACAAGAAUUGAUUGAUCAACAAAAACACCUUGAUAUAAGGUCUAACAUUUAUCCCAAUGUCACUUUUCCCAUGAGGAAUCCUUCGAUCCAAACCACAACAAGGAAAAGUCAGUCGAAAAUGAUUACCUAUGAAUUGUUGCAAGAGGAACUCACAAAUGAUAUAUGGAGAUGGCACAAGUGUGGUCAGAAGCAUAUUAAAGGUUCUCCAUUUUUGAGGAAUUACUAUAAGUGUAGUACAUCAAAAUUCUGCGAAGCAAAAAAAAUAAUUGAGAAAAGCCCAAAGGGUGAGAACCUUUUCUUGGUGUCCUAUUCUGGUGAACACAACCAUAAUCUACCCAUGAACCGUAGAAAUCUUGUUGGUUGCAACACUAGUUCAAAAUUCAAGCUUCCAAAAGGCAUAAAUAUUGUGCCCAAAGCAUCAAUGUUGAAUGCAUCAUCGUCCUCUUCCAAGUGUGCUAAGCGUUCAAGAGCUGUAGCUUCUCCAAUAAUCCCAACUAUGCCUACACUUGAAAUCAGGAGCAAAAACAAAAUGGCUGAUGCGGCAGAAAAGAAUAGAGGUGAUGGUAAAGAGGAGGUGAACAUGAAUGAAGAUAAUAUGAUGGAUUUGAAGAACUCCAAGGAAUUACUGCUUCCACCUAAUAUGGAAGAAAAUGAGUAG